GGGAGGCCGGCCACGACACAAUGACCGCCUGCCUAGGCAGAACGUGGGAGCACGGCUACAACCACCUCGCCGACAGCUGCAAUAGCCUGGACGCCAAUGGCAGCGACGAUGAGGCGACGGACCUGGUCGUCUACAAUGAGGACGGCACGUGCAAAAUGCUCACCGUCGCCGAGGGCCUACGCACGUGUGACCUGUGUGAGCUGCUCACGCUCAAGAACCACGUGGCCAAGAACGUCAACUGGUCGCUGGUGGAGCGCUGGCAGAGCCCGGCCAUCGAGAGGACGGUUGAGGACCACGAGGACGUGCUGAACACCUAUCGCUCGAUGAGGAUGGCGCACAGCAGCUCGUCAUUCUACUUCAAGAAAGACUUCGCCAAGUACGAGUUUUUCCAUAAUCCCCAGGAAAAGGAACACGACGGAAUUCCGUCCCGUUGGCUCAGAUGGGUAGAACGUCUGCCUUCUGGUUCAUCCGCCCGUGGCGGGCAAUUUUUCCCGGACAACAUGAUCGAGCUGCCGAACGGCAAGAGCUCGCCCAGCACCACGAGUUUGGCCCGGAUCAUCGCGCUGCAGAACCUGCUGACGACGUCGGCUCCGACGCCGCAGGUGUUCGGCUGGCUCUGGUUGGCCGGGCCCGAGUCGCGCGUCUGGCGGCGCGCCUACUUCUGGCUGCGUCACGACUGUCUCUACUACACCAUGGAGGCCAUGGACGACUCUCCGGUGCGUGACCCGGAGAAGUUCGCCGUGUUCGCGCACCUGCAGAACUAUGCCGUGUACGGGUGCUCGGACGCCCGGCGCGACUUCAAGGCGCCCUGCGACGAGGCCGUCAUCCUGCGCACGGGUCAGCAGCUGCGCUGCCUCGCCUGCGACGAUCUGGCCACGCGCCGCUGUUGGCAGACCGCACUGCGUGUCGCCAAGUACGGCAAGCAGCUGCACGAGAACUACAACUUCCAGCGGAUACAGCACGAGAACGAGCAGAGCAGCAGCCCCCGCGAACGCUACUGCUACUCCACCAGCCCCAAGAUGCCGAUCCCCCGCUCCCGCACGCUCUCCAACGCUGGACUCCAGGGCGGCGGCGGCGGUGGCGGCGCUGGCGGCGGCGGCGGCAGCCUGCCGCGUGCCUCGUCCGUCCGGCCGGCCGAGUACGACUCGGUGCGCGUGCCCAACGUGAGUCAGUCUGGGCCGCACCCGAGUCGUCUCGGCUCGAGUCAGUGUCAGGUAGGAUAGCGCUAGAGGUGGGCAGAGAGGGAGUAUGAGAAUAGAGGUAGAGGUGGAUAGGGAGAGAUAGAGACGAGGGGAGACGUCGAAAAUGUGGUAAUGCGGAGGAAAGCCGCUGAGAGUUCUAGGGUAGCCAUGGGGAAAAGCAGGUGAUUGCCUGGAAGAGGAAAAGGAGGGGAGAGCCGGCGAUGAGAUGACCUGGCGGAGGGGAUGGUCGGACAAAGCGAGUGGCACCGCCUCAUCGCAGGCUGGAGUGGGCUAGGCGAACUGAGAUACUUGCUUGAGCGGCACGGAGUCCGGUGAUGUUAAGUUUAGAACUUAAUGUGGGCGGUGCGCUUGUAGAAAGGACAUUUUACAUACAACACUGACUGUUGAACAUUACGAAAUGUAUCAUUUCAUCAUGGUCUGGGCCAUGGGUCAUACGUGAAUCAUGGGUCACGGCCUCCAAAGUUCAACUGG